AUGCCUAAGCCCACUUUCAUACUCACCAUCAUCCUUCUAAUUGCUCUCUUCAAUGCAUCUGCAGGCCAAACCAUAGUGGUAGAAAUUGAUAAUGCUCUUCCCCCGAAGUUCAUAAAGGGACACAGCAGGAAGAUUCUCACAGAGAUUCAGGACUAUGACUAUGGAGGUGCAAACUCUAGGCAUGAUCCACGCAGAAGGCCCGGGAGGAAUGGCUAG